AUGCCCGCCGUCCGCCUUUCCACGCGCCGCCGCCGCUCCUCCCUCGCCAACCUCGCCGGCCUGAACCCCAUCAAGCCAGGCCAGUACGGCAUCUCCUCGCGCUCCCCCCGCGCCGUCACCUUCGCCCCGAACGUCACCCCGGGCACCUACAGCACCGACCCCGCCGCCUCCCUCGCCGCCGCCGACCCGGACUCCAAGCCCGAGGCCCAGCUCUUCCCCGUCGUCGACGCGCCCUCCACCGGCGCCAAGCCCGACGCCCCCAAGCGGCGCGCCCCGCCCGGCCGCCGCCGCUCCGUCGGCCACGUCCCCCGCCCGCCCAACGCCUUCAUGCUCUUCCGCGCCAACUUUGUCAAGCAGAAGCACGUCCCCGGCUCCAUCGAGACCAACCACGGCUCGCUCUCCCGCAUCAUCGGCAACUGCUGGCGCCAGCUCCCGCUCCUCGAGCGCGCCUACUGGGAGAAGGAGGCCGCCGCCGCCAAGGCCCUCCACAAGCAGACCUACCCCGACUACAAGUUCCGUCCGAUCCACACCAAGCACAAGGACCGCGCCGGUGCGGGCAAGAAGGACAAGCACGUGCUCUCUCCUGAGGAGGAGCGCCGGCUCGAGGACGUCGCGCUGCUCCUUAUCGAAGGCAAACGCGGCGCCGAGCUCUCCGAGGCCGUCCGCGAGCUCGACGAGGAACGCGCGAAGGAGAGUGGAAACGGCAGCGCACGGGCCACCGAGAGCCCCGCGCCGCUCCCGCCGCUCAGCCCGCCCCCGCCGUACGAGCGCCAGCAGACGCGCUUCCACCGCCGGAGCUCGUCCGUCCCGCCUCCGAUGCAAUACAUGCACCACCUCCAGUAUCAGCCCCAGCAGCCGCAGUCCAUGGGCAUGGGCAUGGGAAUGGCGCCCAUCGCGCUCCCCGCGCUCCCGUUCCUGUCCUCGCUCUCCCGCCCGGCCUCGCCCCCGGUCGGCAACAUCUCGCGCACCGUCAUCGGCCAGCGCCGCCCGUCCAGCGUCCAGCCGAUCCCGUCCCGGCCGUGGGGGUACGACUUCGACCAGCAGCCGUACGGGUACGAGCAGCACUUCCACAACCCGACCGCGGACCUGUACAUGGCCGACGCGCCCGUGCUCAUGCAGCGUAGCCCGUCGCCGCUCCCCGAGGCGGACACGACGAUCUGGGACCAAAACUUCCUCGGCUCCGGCGGCUUUUCGCAGACCUCCGCGCAAUCGCAUCCUGAAGCCGCCUUCAACGUGCACGGACUGAUGGAAUCGCUCGAUACGACUUGUGCCCAGCCGUCGUUCGCGCUGGAGGACACGAUCUCCCCGCUCGACGGGCCGCACCACCCGGAGCUCACCAUCCGGAUCCCGUACCCGAUCUCAGGUGACCUCGAGACGCCCAGCGCCUGGCCGCACUCGGAGCCGUCCACCGCCUACUCGGGCUCGCCCGCACCGAGCGAGCACGUCGCGCUCCACCACCAGCACCAACAACACCCCGAACUGCACGCGCCCGUCCCUCAACAGGCCGUCCCAAAGUGGACCGAUUACCACAUGGGCGGGUUUGAGCCAUCGCAGCAGCAGCAGCAGCAGGAGCCGACGAUGGACUCCGGGCUGGAAAACUACCACGUCGGGAUCGAGCACCUCGGGCUGAACGUCGGCGACAUGUUCGCCGGCGCGGAUCUCGGCGCGGACGGCAUGUACGACGCGAGCGCGUACGCGGACGUCCUCGGCGUCGUCUGCGAGGAGGCCACCCCUCCCGCCCACGGAUACGAAUACUGAUUUUACUUCUCCCUCUCUCUCUCUCGGAAACGGGAACGGAUCCUCAUCAUCAUUCUUGGUUAUCGGAACCUUGGCUUGGAUACCCCCACAGAUCUCCUACUCAAUAACACAAACCUCACACGCACACACCCACACGUCUCAUCGUAUUGCCUCUGACUCUGACCCGGCAUCACCCCUGCAUUGUAGCCCUUUUUUUUAUUACCUGCUGUAUCUAUACGUACGCAUCUCCCC